CGAAGUCACACAGAUCUCGGCUGCGGAGACGUAGAGUUGUCUCUAAAAAGUAUAAAAGCUUUUACGUUCGUGGAUUUAAGUUGAAAUCACGUAGUGGAAUAUAAACUCGAGUGAAGUUGAAUAAGAUAUAUGUUAAACUUGUAUUGGUGUUGUGUUUACAAACGUUCGCUGAUAAAUACUGGAAGGUAUGCUAAGCUGCGCCUCCCCCGCCGGCAUGCCGCCCGCGCCACACGCGCAAAGUUGGGGAGCCUUAAUGCAACAACCACUUAUUAAAACAGAACCGAUGGAGGACGGAAGCUUUUCAAAAGAACAAGCGAGUGGAUUCUAUUCUGAGGGUUUCCAUAGUGCAUCGCCGUCAUCGUCGAGUAAAGAUUCCAAUGGACAUUCACCUAGAAGCGUCGGCAGUACUGGUGAACCAUCUCCAUAUUACGACAAUAUGCCUCUAAAAGCCAAAGCUAAUCUGGGUAUGCAUUUGGAAGCCUAUCGCAACGGCCUUCCUUAUAACUUACUCACACCCCCUGGUUUUGAAAAUAGAAAUAAUGAAGAUUGCGAACAAUCCCCGUACGGCUCGUAUUCACCGCGGUCUCUUGUACCCCCAACUCAUGUAUCGACCCCGUUAGCACGCGCUGAUGCUACUCCACCUAAAUCACCACCGAGAACGCCCUCGUCCCCUGAUAGAGAUCACGAAAGGCGAGCUUUCGAACGAUUCCAUGAUUCGGGUUUCGAAGGCAUUGGCCAAAAUAAAAAUGAAGGCGAUGAUGGUCGAGAUGGAUCUGGGCUCGAUGAAGACUUUGACGAUGAACCAGGUCUCCGUGUUCCAGCUGUGAAUUCUCAUGGAAAAGUUAAAACCUUCAAAUGCAAACAAUGCGAAUUCGUCGCAGUAACCAAACUUAGUUUCUGGGAACAUAGCAAAGAACAUAUCAAGCCCGAAAAAAUGCUAUCGUGCAGGAAAUGUCCUUUUGUAACUGAAUAUAAGCAUCACCUGGAAUAUCAUAUGAGGAACCAUUUAGGAUCCAAGCCUUUCCAAUGCUCGCAAUGCUCCUACUCUUGCGUAAACAAAUCAAUGCUAAACUCGCAUCUAAAGUCCCAUUCUAAUAUAUAUCAAUAUAGAUGUGCCGAUUGUAACUACGCUACAAAAUACUGCCAUUCUCUUAAAUUACAUCUUCGGAAAUAUAAACACAAUCCAGCGAUGGUACUAAACAUGGACGGAACGCCUAAUCCUCUUCCAAUAAUUGAUGUUUACGGUACUCGGCGUGGACCAAAACAAAAGCCUAUUAUGAAAAUGUACGACCAGCAACAAAUAAACAAUAACAAUAAACAUCAGCCACCGCCGCCUACCCAUCCUAUCUUUGGAAAUCAUUUCCCCGUUAAUCUACCGUAUCUGCCGCCGCUGCUACCACAUUCAUUCCUCUUUCCACCGAACAAUAAUUACGAACAAAGGACUUCGCCAAAAAUAACUGAAUUACCGGUUGAAAAACAGUCGGCACCAUCUCCUCAAUCCAUAUUACAUCAGCGUCUGGCUUACAGAGAUGUCCCCGCUGAAACAAAUGCAACACCACCGCCAAUCAAGUCGCCGGCUAGUUUACCUCGAACACCGAUAGCACCGCGCAGUGUUUCUCCGCCGGCAACGUCUGAUGCACUUGAUUUAACAAACACUAAAAUAAGUGAAGCAGGAUCACCACCACCGCUUGAUCGGCCGGCACCCGUCACACCCACCACAGCGUUAAAGAACAGAAGGAAAGGUCGCGCUUUUAAAUUACAGCCAGCAGCUUUAAGACUACAACACGAAGAUGAUAAAAUGGAAGCGAAUGCAUCUGACGAAGAGUCGGACGCAUCAGCUGAGGCUGCUGUAACCUCUGUGCCAACUUCAUACACAUGUCAAUAUUGUGACAUUACAUUUGGCGAUCUCACAAUGCACACUAUACACAUGGGUUUCCAUGGAUACAACGAUCCUUUCAUGUGUAACAAAUGUGGGGAGAGAAGUGCUGAUCGCGUGGCAUUCUUCAUUCAUCUCGGCCGCGCCCAACACGCGUGAGUUAAUUGAAAUUGCAAAGAUUCAACCUAGUCAACGCUUUGCGUUCAAGCCAAUUAGCCUAUUAGCUGUAGGCAGUUUCUAUCGUUAGAAUUAAAUUAUUGUUAGGUGAAAUGUAACAUUUUGUAAUCAAUUUAUUUUAAGCCAAAGAUUUAUUUCGUAGAAAAGCUUGUGUUUGUACGCACGUUUCCUCAUGAGGUUCAAACGAUUUUAUAGUAGUUGUUAUAAAAAAACUUUAAAAUGUCAAAGUUAGAUGCAUAAGUAAUAGUGUAAUGUUUGAAUGUAAAUAGUAAUUGUUUAAGACGAAGAAUGUGAGUAUGAUUUCUCUGUGUUUUAACUAUAACAAGAAUUUGUUAGACCCGUGUACUAUUAGAGAUAAGUAUGUUUAGCGAAAGACCAAUAAUUUAUUAAGACUGUAUCUAAUUAGUACAAAGACAAUGUUCAAGUCACUAAGAGUCAUGUAAGUUUAUGUUUAAAUUUAAUAUUAAGAUGUAAAUUUUUAAUGCUACGGUGAAGUUACCUAUAGCGCAUUAGUAACGAUAGUGUAUUUUAACGCUUCUUUUAAGUCAGAGUGUAUUUAUAGGGGUAUAUUAAAGAUUUAUAAUUUUAUUUAUUUAUUUCGUACAGCUACCAUUAUGAUUGUGAUUAGUAGUUAUUAUUUCCACCGUGAAAACUAAACAUACUUUGUUACGGUAAAGGUUUUUGAUUGUAAUGUAUGAAGAUGUUAUUCGAACAUUUAUUGUAAUUUUUAUAAAAAAAAGAAGUAUAUUUCCUUUGUGUGCUGGAAACAUAUGAUAAUAAAAAACCAGUUUUAUCCUAA